GUCGAGAUCACUCGCCUUCUCGUCUCUCAUGGGGUGAGUGUCCACACCCGAGACGAGCUCGCUUCCACGCCCUUGCAUUCCGCUGCUCUGAAAGGUCAGAAGGAUACCAUGAACGUACUGCUCGACGCGGGUGCUGACACGGAAAGCCGCGACGUCGACGGCUGUACCGCACUCCACUAUGCGACCAAAGGCGCCCACCUGGGUGUCGUGUCCAUUCUUCUCGAUCGUGGCGCGGAUGUGAACGCGCGAGAGAAGACUGGGAAGACGGCCCUACACUUUGCAGCAACGGGAGACAUCCUUCGGUCAGCGACGGAAGAGCGUGUAGCGGCGGAAGGGCCCGCGCAGAAUGGGUCGGAUCACCCAGCUCUUUGCCCGCGCCCCAAUAUUGAGGUCGCCCGCGCACUCAUAAACGGCGGGGCGCACGCGAAUUGCCAAGACGACGACGGAAACCAACCUCUGCACGUCGCAGCCUUCCACGAGGCGGAAGAGAUAGCUCGGCUUCUCCUUGCAGCUGGCGUUGAUCCCAUAUGUUCGAAUCGUAUGGGUCGGGUACCUGUAGACGGGAUCGGCACCAACAGCCAGCUAUCGAACAGCCCGGCCAGGCGUGAGCGCGUUCGCCAACUCUUGGGCGCUAGUGUGGUGGUCACUACAGCAGGCAUGCCGAAGUAGGAGAGGUGUUCCCAUUAAGGUAAAAGCCGCCGGGCGACAAUUUGAAGGGCGCUAGGAGUCUGCGCAGUGUAGAAACAAGAAACAAUAGCUAUCAAUACAUGUCGUAGCGAGGUAUAUAUUAGUGAGUUGCGCAGAGCAGAGCCGAGGUGAACCGGAACGAAGUCAUGGUCGAGGACAAUCCUGAUUUGCGAGGCCACUACACCUCUUAUGCUCUACAUGCGCUGAUUCCUCGACCUUUCCUAGCGCCGAUCACGACGAGCUCGUCAUUUCGGGGGGGGGGGGGGGG